AUGGCCAAGAAGGCGCGUCAAAGAAUCAGCUAUGUGCUCGAGAAUGCCAAAUCCUCGGCAGGCGGCCAUCGCCUCGGCGUCAAUGGCCUCGCCGUUGAUGCGGACAACGCCAUCCUCUACUCCGGCGGCCGAGAUGGCAUGAUUUGCGCCUGGGACUUGAACCUUGACCUGCGGCGCCGAACCGACGUCACCGACGAUGCUUCCGCAAAGCCCAAGUCGACUACCACGUUCCGAGCCCAGACGCAGGCGCAUAUGCACUGGAUCAACGACAUCGCCCUGGCGCAGCACAACACUGCCUUGGUAUCAGCAUCUUCCGAUCUUACCGUCAAGGUAUGGCGGCCACACUCUCAGGAAGAUGGCGCCCGCGCCCAGAAGAUUGGAGAACACGACGACUAUAUCAAGUGCGUCGCAACGCCGCCAAGCGAUAUGAAUGCCAACUGGGUUGCCUCGGCGGGCCUGGACCGCAAGAUUUGCCUCUGGGAUCUCAAUGGCGGAGGCAAGACGCUGGAGGUCGACGUCAAGGGCGAGGAGACUACCGAGAAGGGAUCCGUCUACGCUCUCGCCGUCGGCCGCAAUCUCAUUGCCAGCGGCGGCCCCGAGAAGACGGUCAAGCUCUACGACCCUCGUACUGGCUCCAAGGUCUCCAACCUCGUCGGCCACGUAGACAAUAUCCGCGCCAUUUUAAUCGACGAUGUGGGCGACACCAUACUGAGCGCCAGUGCCGAUAAGACCAUCAAAAUGUGGAGCGUCAAGGGCGGUCGCUGUAUGUACACGUUUACAAUGCAUGACGAGAGCAUCUGGUCUCUGUAUUCGGAUGACCCUCGCCUCGGCAUCUUCUACAGCAGUGAUAGGUCGGGCCUCGUCGCCAAGACCGACGUACGAGGAAGCCUGGAGGAUAUCGAUGAUGGACUAAGUCUCGCUGUUGCGCAGGAGCAUUUUGGUGUCUCCAAGGUUGUGGCUGCGGGCGGUCACAUCUGGACAGCUACGAACCGAUCGUCAAUUAACCGCUGGGAAGACGUUGACACGAGCGCAAACCUGCCGCUCCCCGAAAUGUACCGCCGUCAGCGCGCAAUGUCGGCUGCGUCCAACAAGACACGGCAAUCAACGGCAACUACUCAGCCGCAAACAAACGGGUCGUCCAAGAAGGAGAUCCCUGCUGAGUCGAUUCUGAGAAUAUCCAACACAGCCACGUUCCCGUCGCGCACGCCUCUGGACUCAGAGCCAACGCCCGGUAAUGACGGCUUGUCAAGAAAGGGAUCAGAAGUGGCCGUGGAACAGCCCGAGCCGGAAAUCAAGCCCAUCUACAAUUUGCCAUUAGAGACGAUUGAAGGUCAAUUCGGUCUUUUGAAGCACAAGCUGCUCAAUGACAGAAGGAGGGUCUUGACUUUAGAUACAGCCGGUGAUGUGUUGUUAUGGGAUCUGAUCAAGUGUAAACCUAUUCAGAGUUUUGGAAAGCAACAUCUUGAAGAUGUCGAGAGGCAGGUUAAUACGCGAGAAGCAGUAGCUCCCUGGUGCUCGGUUGACCUGAGCUCUGGCAACCUCACUGUCGUGUUGGAGCCCUUUAACUGCUUCGAUGCCGAGGUAUACGCUGACGAACUUGAAUUGGACGAGCCUAUUGAGUUUAGGGAUGAUCAAAGAGUGAGCCUCGGCAAAUGGAUCCUGCGGUACUUAUUUGCCAACCUUAUUGACGAGGAAAUUCGACGCGAUGAGUUACAUCGCUCAACAAUGAACGAAGGCGUAGAGAAAAGACAGGCUGCCAGCCGAGCAGAUGCGCCAUCGUCAAUCAUCAUUCCCGGGCCUGGCAUUGGAGAUGUGUCUGAUCAGCUCUUGACACCACGUGCAAUCGCCCCUCAUCUUCAAGUUACCACGCCUGGUUUGGCGAUAGGGCUGGCGUCGCCUGGUGCUGUGAUGACACUUCAAGGCGUACCAGAGGAAGCAGUUGCCAGCCCCUUGGAAAAGGAAGCGUCUCGUCCAUCGGCUGAGAACGAUUACUUCAAUGCCGGCAUUGCGCCGGCUGGUGGCGCGGCAGCGGCUCCUGCAGCGGCAGAGACAUCAGAGCCAAAGACGUCUACGGAUAACAGCAAUGAGAAGGCCAAGGAGAAGGAGAAGGAGAAGGCUGCUGAUAGUAGCAAAUCACCAUUCAGCAGAAAAUUCCGCAUGUCUUUCAGCUCCAAGAGAAUCGGCCGGUCGGCGUCUCAGGCAACACAGGAGAAGCCCGUCGUCGUGGAUGACAAGGCCGACGAGUCCGAGUCUUCUUCUAACCAUGAAAAGGAGGUUGACGACAGCUUCUUUGGCGUGAUCCAGAAGAUCCGAAAUGAAUACGACAAGCAAAUUGCCGAGUCUCCCGAUAAGUUUGUCGAGACGCGAGUAACGCCGAGCUUGCCGUCUGAUACCCCCGUUUUGAAACUGCCUCUGGGCACCAAGGUCAUUAUCCAAGAGGAAACAUCGGGUGGCAGUGCAAACCUGUACCAAGGAACGGUGGAGAAUCUUGGCCGAGAUGCCGACAUCAUUGAGCAAAAGGCGCCCAUGUGGCUCGGUGAUGUGCUGCUGCAGAAUCAAAUCCCGCUGAAGGACCCCGUCAAGAUAUCGUUUAUCCUGAACCCGAUGGAUAACCUGCCUCCCAUCGCCACGGAUGGCAACAGCCGACUCAACGCCAACCGGAUGCUGCGGGUGAAGAAGAUUCUGGCCUACGUUUCCGAGAGGAUUGAACCGGAGCAAGAGGAGGACCCCAACGCGCUCAAGCCAGAAGAGUAUCUCGAGCUGUAUUGCAAUGACCAGCUGCUCCAUCCAACAAUGAACCUGGCCACUCUUCGGACCCAUGUCUGGAAGGGCGGAAACGAUAUCCUACUCUAUUACAAAGCCAACGGCCGCAAAGAGAUUCUCCCAUUGCCGACUACAUCUAGCGCGCCAUCGGGAGAAGCGAGCGUGCCACCAGUCCCGCCGCUGCCCGCAACAGAGGCAGCUGAGACUGCCAAUGGCGUGUAG